AUGCCCAUGGCGAGCUCGCUUUCCCACUUCAUGCAGGGCCUCUCAGUGGUAUUCCAGGAUAUCAACAGCGAUGUGGCGGUGUUUGAGUUGCUGCAGGACAUCCCACCAGAGUGGAAUGUGAUGCUGGCAGGCUGGGACGCAACCAACGUGCUGAACAACUUUACGGUCGUGGGUGUGCUCUCCAGCGGGGGAGGCGAAGACUGUGCCAACCCCGAGGAUCCCUUUGGAGAUGAGUCGCCCGUCUUAACAUUUGGACGCUUGGCAAGGGCCUGGAUCAGUGGGCUGUACCACCUGUUUGAUGGCGCCACCGUAGACCAGCCAGGCAGCGCCGACUACACGACUUACUCCCCCCCUCUGCCCACACUGAGCAUCGGGAACAUCGUCCCGGAGGUGAACCCCACCCUGGGGCCCGCAGCCAUCUCCAUCCAAUUGCAGCAGGCACCACAGCACUCGACCACGGUGGAGAUCGCCUCAAUGGACAAGACCUUGAUCAGCGUCUCGCCCUCAUCUGUGACCUUCACCGCCAGCAACUGGAGCACGCCGCAGUAUGUCAACCUGACUGCAGUGGAUACCAUUCCUGAAACGGAAUCAGCCGAGUCGUUUGAGCUGAGCCUCACAUGGCCCACGGUGUCUUCCAGUGGAGUGCAUGGAUCGCGGACCAAGACGAUCACGGGUAUUGUGCGGAGCGACGUGCAAGGGACGAGCUUCUUCAAUCCAGUGGUUGUGGACAGCCUUCCGUUUGCGGUUGAGGAAAGCAUCUCGAGCUUCAUCCCCCAGGCGCCCUUCAUCACAUUCGCCAAUGGGCCCUUCAUCCCCGGCGUCUACUUCUCCUACACACACUCCGCCGCUGAGGGCCUCUCGAUGGCGAUGUGCCCCGUCACCUCGUCCAUGACCCAUGGCUCCCUCACCGCCACCGUCUACAACUCUAACUGGACCUCCGAGGCCCGGAUCCCGUGA